AAGUGUUAUGGAUGAACAGAUGCUGUUUUAGAAAAUAUCGUACAUCGCAGUAUAUGCAUUAUAAACAACACCAUAGCUAUUGGAAAUAUUGGAUACCUGCAUCUGUGGUUUUAAAUCAGUUGAAGACCAGUCAUCGAAAUGAAGUUCGUCAGGUUUAUUAUGAAAAAUGCUGCAUUGGCCAAUGCGCCUCAACACAUCGAGCACUUUUCUAAAUUUUCGCCUUCACCACUUUCUAUGAAACAGUUUAUAGAUUUUGGUUCUACAAACGCAUGUGAGAAGACGUCUUUUGUUUUCUUGAGACAAGAGUUGCCUGUACGUCUUUCCAACAUUAUGAAGGAAAUCAACUUGCUUCCCAAAAGACUCCUUACAACUCCUUCUGUGCAAAUGGUUCAAGGCUGGUAUAGUCAGAGUUUAAUGGAGAUCUUGGAUUUCUUGGAUAAAAGUCCAGAUGACCACAGUGCAUUAGAGGAGUUUGUGGCUACUCUGGUCAACAUCCGAAACAGGCACAAUGAUGUCGUACCCACUAUGGCACAAGGUGUGAUCGAAUACAAAGAGGUUUUUGACCAAGAUCCAGUCACCAACCAGAAUAUUCAGUAUUUCCUGGAUCGCUUCUACCUGAGCCGGAUAUCCAUCAGAAUGCUGAUCAACCAGCACACCCUUGUUUUUGAUGGUACCACAAAUCCAGUUCACCCCAAUACCAUUGGCAGUAUAGACCCUCAUUGUCGGGUGGCAGAAGUUGUAAAAGAUGCCUAUGAAAGUGCCAAGAUGCUGUGUGAUCAAUACUACCUCAGUUCCCCAGACAUUGUGCUUCAAGAACUCAACACAAAUAAUAGGAAUCAGCCUAUUAACAUAGUGUAUGUGCCUUCCCAUCUGUACCAUAUGCUGUUUGAACUGUUUAAGAAUGCUAUGAGAGCAACCAUUGAAAACCAUAAGGAUGGUUGCAGUCUUCCACCUAUUCAGGUUAUGGUGGCUGUAGGAGGAGAGGACCUCACUAUCAAGAUGAGUGACAGAGGUGGUGGAGUUCCUUUUAGGAAGAUGGAGAAUCUGUUUAGCUACAUGUACUCCACAGCACCGACCCCUCAGAUGGAUGCGAUGGAAAGAGCUCCAUUGGCUGGGUUUGGUUACGGGUUGCCCAUCUCCAGGCUCUAUGCCAAGUAUUUCCAGGGUGAUCUUCAGCUUUAUUCGAUGGAGGGCCACGGCACUGACGCAGUCAUCCACUUAAAGGCUUUAUCCACUGACUCAGUGGAGAGACUCCCGGUUUUUAACAAGACAGCUCGGCGAAACUACGAAGUCAGUCAAGGGGCAGAUGAUUGGUGCGUUCCCAGCAGAGAGCCCCUAGACCUGGCUGUGUUUCGGCUGGCAAAGUGAAAAGAAAUUCACCUUUGGAAGGAAUCUAGUACAGUUCCACAACUGACGGGAACGAAGGGCGAUCGGAAGGUUGGGACCGGAUGGUGUCCACGUGGCCUGGUCCCCAUCUCUGCGCUCACUUUAAAGCUGCGUAAUCUCUUCGCAAUACUGUAGUUGUCGCAUGCAAUGGAUUUCUUCUGCAUCAUGACUAUAUCAUUUACUUUUUGGUUUGAGAAAGUAGGUUUUGUCAUAGUGUUACCUGCAGACAAUAGCAACUCAUAUGAAGCGUGACUCUUGUAAAGUGCCAAAUUAUAUAUAAAUCACCCUUUCUUCUAUGGGAGAUAGUGAUGGGGAAGUUUUCGGGCCAGAGGAGCAAUGGACAACAGUGUUAAAAGAAAAGAGAAGUGGUCCUCUACGCUGUUUUUUGGAACUAGCAUGUAACAACAGACCUGUGCUAAGAAACUUGAUUAAUAGCCAUGGUAUUGUUAUAAAUCAGUAUAAAACGAAUGUUGGAUCAUUUACGUUAAUGGAUCAUUUUGGGGCGGUUUCCUGCAGAGUUUAGUUUAUUAGUAGGACAUGUAAGUAGUUUUUACAAACAUACCUUCCUAAAGCAAUACUGGUGUGCGUCGUGAGACAAAACAAGGGCACUGAUAUAUGUUAAGAUAUGUCAGUGCAAGAUGUUUUAAAAUUUAGGCAGCAUUUAGGAUAAGCCCUGUCCGAGAAACCACCCCAUUAGGGAACUUGAAGAACCGAAUGUUAAAUCUGCAUUAGCAGCACUGACAUCACAUAACACUCCUUAUUAAAUGAUGAAUGUUAAUAUAAAGUAUUUCUUUAUUUGGGAUCUGAGCGUGUGGACAAACAUAUUCACGUCAUCACUAGUUUUGUCUUCGAACUAUGAACUAUUACUAAUGUAUAAUAUAUUGGGGAUCACAGAUGUGUUUAGAACCAAUAAGAAUGUACUGUACCAAUAAUUAUGUUUAAACUUGAAACACUUACUGCAUGUAUUUGCCGAGCAUUUCAAAUCCAGAGUAUUGGGCACUUGUGUUGUUAAACGAGUUAAAAAAACUUUAGAUUUCUCAUCUAGAGUUAGUUUGCCAAGUCUAGGACCUCUGCUUAGUCUUUUUCAGAUUUAGUUUUGCAUUACUCAAAAUUUGGCAUUUGUUAUGAUAUAUAUAUAUUUUGGGGGGGAGCACUUACAUGUAAGGACCAUGUUAAAUGUAUGUUCUGUUUGUUUUACUAAAACAUGCUAACAUCAUAAAAAGACUUAUUUUUGUAAUACGUUCUCCGUGUAAAAUCGUGUGUACAGAAUGGAAAUAAAAACUUGUGUUAAUAUUA